AUCAAUAUUUAACCGCGAGUGUGGGUGGUAAUUUCCACAAAUGCUAUAUUUUUCGAUCUUCGGUGACAUUACGAGCAUUUGCAACUAACUUAACGCUGUCACUUAAAUUAGACUCUUGUCAACUGUGUGCAAGUAUUAGUCAACUUCAAGACAGAGAUAGGAGCGCUUGUUUCGAAAUGGUGCAGUUAUACGAAGAAGCUUUCGGUACCUAUAAAAACGAAAAGGUACGAAAGUUCUUCUGGACUACACAAAGCGGGUUUUCUGUCUCUGUAAUAUCUUAUGGAGCAAUUAUACAGUCGAUUAAGGUUCCAGAUGAACAGGGUGUUACUACUGAUGUGGUUCUUGGUUUCGACGACAUUGAAGGCUACGUCAAUCGGAAUGCUCCAUACUUAGGCGCGACUAUCGGUAGAUGUGCGAACAGGAUUGGUGGAGCUAGUUUUCAAAUAGAUGGAGUAACUUAUUCCGUAGCUAAGAAUAUUGGUCAGGAUCAUUUACAUGGUGGAUUAGUUGGCUUCGAUAAGGUAAACUGGAAUACAACUGUAAACGGUAGCAAGGUUAUCUUCAGCUACUUGUCCAAAGACGGUGAGGAAGGCUAUCCAGGAGAUUUGGUCACGAAUGUCAUUUAUGAAGUUAAAGACGAUGACGUACUAUAUGUGGAGUUUCUCGCGACCACAACUAAAAAGACCGUCGUCAACUUGACCAACCAUUCGUACUUCAACUUGGCCGGUCAUGAUGCUGGUCCAGAUGAACUGUUCAAUCACGUCAUCAACAUAAAUGCUGACAAGAUCACCGAAACUACAUCUGAAUCUAUUCCAACUGGCCGUUUCAUUGAGGUGGGAGGGACUUCAUACGAUUUGCGUGUUCCAACGAAACUUGGUGAUGCGAUGAACAAAGCAUCAAAUACGAUAUACGAUAUACGAUAUACGACAUACGAUGACAACUUCUGUGUUACUGUUAACGAUGAAAAGAGUAUGACCUUCAUCUCAAGAGUCGUCCAUCCUGAAUCAGGAAGGUACCUCGAGGUGUACAGCAACCAACCUGGUGUACAAUUGUACACAAGUAACGGUUUACCAUCACCAAAUGAAGCUGCUCUAGAAGGUAAAGCAGGAGCAGGGUACAGACGCCAUGGAGCAUUCUGUUUAGAGACCCAAGUUUACCCAGAUGCUGUCAAUCAUGAUAACUUCCCCAGCGCAAUACUUGUGCCAGGAGAUAUAUAUAGGCAUAAGGUUAAUUAUCAUUUCGGUGCGGUUAAAACUAAUCUGCCGAAAGUUGUGGGUGUAUAAACAUCAUGGAUCUGAUGUGAAAUUUCAGUACAUGUAAUUUUUUAAUCUAAUGCCAAUUUUUUUUAAAUAUUGAAUUUUUUGUUUGAAUUUAUUCAAAUAAACAAAAAAAAACAACAUAUUUUAAAAUAAAUUUGUUGUAAAUUUUAUAUAAAUCAAAAGCAAACGUUUUGUGCUAAAAGUAUUUUCUGUUUAUUGUCAAAUUCAUUUGAAAUAAAUCGAUUUAUAAUUUA